GCUGCCGCCACUGCAAGCGUCACACCGCUGAAUGGGAAUCUAUCCGGCAACUCCAGCAGACCGCUGUCUUCUCCGCGCGCCCUGCGUAAAAGCAAGCGGCGCGUCUCCAAGUGUGGCUCGGACCGACCCACAGGCGGCGAGCGCGCUCAGCAGCUCGGAUCGGACGUCCACUUUUCCCGCACUUGUUCCCGAAGCGCGCCUCGUCACAACAGCAGAAGCGGCGGCAUGCCGGCCAUCAAGAAGGAGCGUCCGGACGGGGACGACAUGGCUUUAGCCGCUUUCAACCAGUCCGAAUACUUGGCCCCUUUAAAUGCCGCCGCUAUCCCCGUGGUCACUCCGCACCCGCCGCCUUACGAGCACAUUUUAGCCCACCAUCGCGCGUACUUGGGGCUCCAUGACUCGACGCUGCAUCACCAGCACCUCCAGCACGCCACGGACGACUUGAUGCUGGAGAGGUUCUCCUCCAUCCCGGACUUCCAGCCCUUCUUUGAUAACGGCGAGCCUUGCAUUGAAGUGGAGUGCGGGGAAAACAAAGCUUUGCUUUAUAUUAACAAACUAUGUCAAGGCAGCAAAGGACCUUCCAUUAAAUACAGGGGCGAGUGGCUCACUCCUAACGAGUUCCAGUUUGUCAGUGGCCGGGAGACCGCUAAAGACUGGAAACGGAGUAUUCGACACAAAGGGAAAAGCCUCAAGACACUUAUGUCCAAAGGAAUCUUACAGGUGCAUCCUCCGAUCUGUGAUUGUCCAGGUUGUCGAAUCUCAUCCCCCGUGAAUCGUGGCCGUCUGGCUGAGAAGCGCACCAUUCCGCUGCCGCCCAACCGGGUGCCCAAGAAGGAGCUGGCCUCCAUCUUCAGCAGUGACGACAGUGAAGGAAGCGAGCGGGCCAGUGGGGAUCAUGGCCACAUCAAACAAGAGGACGAGCUACAUUACAGUAUAGUGCGCAAGAGUCGAGACAGUGACCUCUCUACAAUCAUCUCCAACCUGCACCACAGCAGACAGCAUGGUAUGCCUGAGGGACAGUCAGUGUCUGACCACAAUGCCAGUACAGGACACACAGAUGACCUUCUAGGCAAAGGGAGAAGCUUCUCUCCCAACAGCAGUAGCAACUCUCCCUCAGACAGUAAGAAGUCACGCAGCGUAUCCCCUAAAGAGUCCGCACAGAACCCAGAAGGGGAGGCAGGUGGCAGCCACAGUCACAUGAGCCCUGAGGAGCACUAUAGGCGCAUGAUGUCAGCACUCAGCGACAACGGAUCCUACGAGGAGCAGCAGCAACGCCUCUUCCAGCUGGCCAGCAGCAUGGGAUUACCUGGACAUGACGUACUGCGCGCUCAGCAGGAAGCGUUGGCUGCGGCGGUGAGGAAUCCGGCGGCCUUAGAAGCGCACCUGCCCACGGGAGGCAGCUCCUCCUCAUCCAGCCAGAGACGGAAGCAGGGCCUACCGCAGCACCGGGAUGCACAUUACACUGACAGGGAACUGUCCCAGCCUCCACCUCUCCUAUCGCCUGCGACGGCACCUCACAUCACCUUAGCGCCUCACUUGCGGGCUCCUUUCCUGGGCUUGCCCUCAGCUCUCUGCCAGGCCCCUGGCUAUGGUUUCCUGCAACCGGCUCAAGCUGAAAUUUUUGUGCGGCAACAGGAAAUGCUGAGGAAGCAAAAUCUAGCAAGACUUGAGAUGUCAGCUGAGCUACUGAGACAAAAGGAGUUGGAGAGUCUCCACCAGCAGCAGCAACUGCUGGGCUCCGACCCGCUCGCCGCCGGUCUGCCCUCGGACCACCCGGCCCUGAGGAGCCUUCAAGACAUCCCUGAAGGUCAUCCGCUCCGAGAGGAACUGGCCCGUCGCUCGAAUGCCAUGCUGGGGCUUCGACACGCGGCCACGGCACCCUUCCUGAGCACCGACCAGCAGCAGCCCAAGACGUCAUCCACCCAUAAAGAAGGACAGAAUUCCACGACUGGCUCGGACGCCGAGUCCAGGAAGGCCCUUCGCCGGGGCCCUCAGACUGAGCUUCGCGCUGGCCAUCACAAAAGAAGAAGAGAGGACAGAGGAAGCGAGGGGGACGAGGAGGACUUGAAGGACUCGGACAGCGAAACGGAAACAUGCGAGGAGAGGCGGGAAGGCCUAAAGUCUCGGAGUAAACACAAGGAGAGGCGGAGUCGAGAAAGAGACGGCAAGGGCCUCGGCGAUGGCGCAAAGGAGAAUCGCGAAAGCUCGGGCCGGAUCAGUGCACCGUGUAGUUCCGUGGGCAACGACUCACCCGCGCUCCACCUGCUCAACUCGGCGCUGGGAAAGUCGGAAGUCAAACUCCAGCUCCCGCCUGGAUUUUUGCCCCCUCUGCCUGCUCUUCAAGGACAGUCAUUGCCCUUCGGAUUUCCCUACAUCAACCCAUACUUUCACAUGGGCUCUGUUGGAGGUCUUUUCAUGGAUGGGGAGGACUCGGCCCCAGCAAACCCCAUGGAGGACAUAAGCAAGUGGAGUGUGGAGGAUGUGUGUGGCUUCAUAAGCAGCCUGGCCGGAUGUGCUGAAUACGCUCAGGUUUUCCGGGAGCAGGUCAUUGAUGGGGAGACAUUAGCUCUGCUCACUGAGGAGCACCUGCUCGGCAUCAUGGCACUAAAGUUGGGCCCUGCCCUCAGGAUUCGUUUGCAGGUUGCGAGACGCAUCGGAAGGCUUUUCUACAUGACCGGAUUCCCGUUGGCCUUCCCGUUCCCGCCGUCGGCCGCCGUGCGACCCUCGGAGCGAGACGGGGAGCCCGCGGCCGUGCCCGCCGACGCCGCCUCGUUGCCCCUCUCCCUGCUGCAGAGACCCACCUCCGCCAGCGGAAGCUCUUCACCGUACAGCGGGCCCGCUCCGGGCUGCUCCUCACCCAAGCGGGAAAAAGGGAACGGCUCGGCGGUGGUGGGGAGAUAA